UUUUUCUUGUCCAGAUUUGAGUUUACAAAAGGUGGAUGUGCUGAGGCUGGGAGGGCAGAGGGUGCCGUCGCUCUCCUGCAGACAGAACCAAAACAUCCACGGACAAAAGCUGUGUUCUUUUAUUUCAGCUUUCAGCUCUUUCUCUCAAGAGGCCCUUCCAAAGCCUCGUUUCAAGAGAGGUUUUCAGGAUUUUUUUUUUGGUGUUGUUCUCAUACCAAGAGAGAACUAACGUGUGAUGUCUCUGAGGGGUGAUGUGUGCGUGGUGACGGGAGCCUGUGGAUUCCUGGGGAAGAGGCUGGUGAGGCUGCUGCUGGAGGAGGAGAGCAUGGCUGAGAUCCGCCUGAUGGACAAACACGUACCAACCAAACUUUUAGACACUCUGGAGGACUGUAGAGGGGACACGAAGUUGAGUAUAUUCGAGGGGGACAUCAGAGACGCAGACUUCCUGAAAAAAACCUGUCGAGGUGCGUCAACUGUCUUCCACAUUGCAUCCAUCAUCGACGUCAAUGAUUCAGUGGAGCCCAGUGAGAUAUACGGUGUCAAUGUCAAAGGAACUCAGCUGCUUCUGGAGGCAUGUAUUCAAGAGAACGUGGUGUCCUUCAUCUACACCAGCACAAUAGAGGUGCUGGGACCAAACUCCCAGGGUGAGCCUAUUGUUAACGGCAACGAGGACACAGUUUACGAAUGUGCUCUGAAGUUUAACUACAGCAAGACCAAACGGGAGGCAGAGCAGAGAACCCUGCAGGCGCACAGUGAGGUGCUCCACAAUGGAGGUCGACUGGCCACCUGCGCCCUCAGACCUAUGUAUAUUUACGGGGAAGGCUGCCGCUUCCUGCUGGGCCACAUGUGUGACGGCAUUCGAAACAAGGACGUUCUCUAUCGCAUGUCUCUACCUGACGCCCUAGUGAAUCCUGUCUACGUGGGAAACGUGGCCGCGGCCCACCUCCAAGCAGCCCGCAGCCUUAAAGAUCCACAAAAAAGACAUGUUGUCGGAGGAAAGUUCUACUACGUUUCCGAUGACACACCACAUGUGAGUUAUUCGGACUUUAACCACGUCAUGUUGUCACCUCUGGGCUUCAGCAUUCAAGAGAAACUCCCAGUGCCUCUCGGCCUCUUCUACGUCAUCUGCUUCUUAAUGGAGGUGCUCUGCAUGGUGAUCCGACCGUUGGUACGUGUUGUCCCGCCGCUGAACCGCCAGCUUCUCACCAUGUUGAACACGCCUUUCAGCUUCAACUAUCAGAAGGCCCAGAGGGACCUGGGAUAUGUCCCCAGACACAGCUGGGAGGAAGCACGCAAACGCACCAUUGAAUGGCUCGCCGUGCAGUUGCCAAUGGAAAGAGAAAGAAUAAGAGCUAAAUAAUGGCUGAAAAGUUGUUAGGACUAUCAGUCGCAUGAAUGUUAAAAUGAAUGUUAAAAAGUUAUCAGUUUGUCUGUUUGUGACCUUUCUGUUUUUCUGCAUGACUAACACUAUUGUCCUGUGGGCAUAAGCAAUAAAAACAAAAGUUCAGUGACGGUAAACGUGAGGAACUCAAGAGUCAUUCAAAAACAUAUGGUAGUCAUCACUGUUGAUGUUUUUUUUAAAGCACAAUUGGUGUUUUGCUCUGUUAUUUGGUAUUGUUAUGGCAUCUUUCAGAUAAUCUGGAAAUGUUUAGCAAUUCUUCGUUGUUUGUUUAUCUGCUAUAACCACUAGGAGUCUCCAAAUCCUACUCCCCUGGGAUUAAAGGUCCAGUGUGUAUGAUUUAGGUUGAUUUAGUGGCAGAAGUGGAACAUAAUAUUCGUAAUUAUAUUUACAUUAAUUAAUAAUCUCUUGAAACUAAUAAUCUUUUCAUUUUUAAUACCUUAGAAUGAGCCUUGUAUAUCAACAGAGGGAACAGGUCCUUUUCCAAUGACUGCCCUGUUGCACAACUAUGUUUCUCCAGUAACCCAGAAAAAGCAAACCAAACACUGGAUGUAGAGUGGGCCGCCAUAAGGGAGGGUUAAACGAGGUGUGUUCAGUUAUUUGCAACCACAUCGCUAGAGAUGCCACUAAAUCUUUCACACUGAACUCAGGACUAAUGUUCAGUAUGACCUGUUGUUCCUGUAGUUUAUUGCCAUGUUUUGAGUGCUAUUAAAGGUUAUUGUGAAAAAA